CCGGAGACCGUCUUUAAUUUCACUGUUGGGAGCGCGCCGGACGCCGUUACAGUUGACCAUAUUUCCCGCCUAUUGUACUACACCGAAUUCAGAUAUGAAACCAUUGGUGUGAUGAGAUUGGACGGCUCACAACACAAGAUCUUGUUAAGAACUGGAUUGGAUAUGCCGAGAGCGAUAACGUUGGAUCCAGUUAAUGGUUGGAUGUAUUGGACUGAUUGGGGAACGGAAGCAAAGAUCGAACGCGCGCACAUGGACGGCGAAAACAGACAAAGUGUGGCGUACACGGAUCUAUCAUGGCCGAACGGAAUAGAUAUUGACAUCCCUGAACAGCAACUUUAUUGGUGCGACGGAAAUUAUUCCAAAAUUGAAGUGUCCGACCCAGAUGGAAGUAACAGACGGUCUUUGAUCGAAGCGGGAGAUACUCUUGGUGGUCACUACUAUGGCAUUGCCGUGGACGACCAGCAGAUCUAUUUCACUGAUUGGAAGUUCAAUGCCUGGGCGUUCCACAGAGCCAACAAACACGACGGCAGUAACUCGACUGUUGCUGGCGCCAGUUUUAUUCCAACGGCCAGGUUAACUGGUGUUCACGUGUACAGAAGGUCAUAUCAUUUAUCAGGUUCCAACGGCUGCAGCAUAAACAAUGGGGGUUGUCCAUACCUGUGUCUGCCAAAACCCAACGGCAGAACGUGCGCAUGCCCAGAUGAAUUGUCCGGUUGCAUUUCGACUACAUCUGCUACCACAUCUACAACUACUGUUGUAACAACAAAGCCUACUACUAUUACUACUACUACUACUACACCAACCACAACGAUUACUACUACACCUACUUCAACUACACCAACAACCACUAAGCCAACCACGACGACUAUUAGUUCAACAACAACAACGCCAACUACGGCUUCUACUACGCCUACUACCACCACCGGCACAACGACAGUGUCCGCUUUACCUCCCACGGUCACGCCAGCGUCUACCACCUCGAACGUAACUCCCACCACUGAAAAAAAUGAAGCUCGAUUUGAAGCAGUGAAAGGCGAGGACUCGGCAAGCAUCCCGCUGGUAAUUGGUGUCGCAGUGGCCACACCGUUGGUCACCGUUAUUUUGGUGGUGGUCAUCAUACUAGUAUUUCUUAGGAGACGAAGAACACCGCUACCUGACCCACUAAACUUACAUGUUCCUCACCUCAACCCCGCGUUUUCCGACGGUCCGGCACCUGCCCCGCCUAAAUCACCUAAAGGACAACUUCGUGUGUCAACCAAUUCGGACUAUGACACAAUUCCAGGUGAUUACCUAACAUCGACGGCAGAUGAUACUUAUGAAGUACCAGUGACCCAAGAGGAUCAGUAUUCGGAUUAUGCCAGCAUCUUACCGCAGCAUGUCGACGUAUAACCAGCAGCUUCAAAGGGGGUAUCUCCCCCCCCCCCCUA